AUGGGGGCAGGAGCUCUGACCAUCUGUCAUAACAAGACAGCAGUGCAAGUUAAAGAAGACAUGAAGAAGAUAGUCCAGAUACCCAUACUGAGGCCCAGAGCAGUAGCAGCCAAGCAAACCAAGCUGUUUGGAGUGUCCCUGUUUGAGCUGUGUGAGAAGGGCCUCAUAGAGGAUGGUGUUCCUCUGGUGGUGCGGAAGAUGGUGGAGUAUCUCAGCAAGCAUGCUCUACAUCAGGAGGGUUUGUUCAGAGUAAAUGGGAACGUCCGUGCUGUGGAGACCCUGAAACAUCGUCUGGAGAGUGGUGAGGAUGUGGACUUGUUCUCUGAAUCUGAUACGUGUACCGUGGCCAGCUUGCUCAAACAGUACCUCAGGGACCUGCCUCAGGGCCUGGUAGACUCAACAGUCCAACAGGCACUGAUACAGCACCACCAAGAGUGCAGUGAUCCUGGUUCUUGGUCUGAUAUGAGAGACCUGAUCCAGCAGCUACCAGAUGUCCACCACAGCCUCCUCCGCUACCUUUGUCAAUUCCUCACCCUCGUCGAGUGCAACCACAAGGAAAACCGCAUGACUGCCUUCAACCUCGCCACUGUGUUUGGACCCAGUGUCUUCCAUGUGGCUUCUGGUUUUGAAGCACUGAAGGACCAAAAUAUCUGCAACAAAAUUAUGGUCAAGUUCAUCCAGAACUACGGCAACAUCUUCGAGACCAACAUAAACAAAGAGGUCUGCACAGAAGAACCAUCAACCCUUAUCAUUUUCAAGGAGGUCCACGUGACAGAUGCAGACGUAAAGGAGUCACCGAGCCACCUCAACGCAAACACACCGACACCAGUUCCCAGAACAAGGGCUGGACUUAAAAGCCCACCAGAAAAUGCAGAGGGCCUGACCAAACCCACCACUAACACUCCAAAGGCGAGGCCAAGGAAAAAGAAGGUGAGACAAGGGAAGAGUGACGGGAUGCCUCAAGUCGUCCCUCAACCCAGCCGUUCCACUCGGUUGCCCUAUGCAAGGCCUCUCUCCAUACCAAUAGUUUUGCCCCUGACCUCAGGACAUAGGAGCCCCAGCCCAGAGGCGAUGGAGACGGAUUCGGUACCUUUGACUCGGAAAGACACCCCAGAUACUUCCUCGCACCUCAGCCUCGAUGUCAGCCCCUCCGGUAGCACCGAGGCCCUCGGCAGCUCCCAAGAAGAGGAGAGACCAAUAUCUCCUUUCUACAUGAGUAACCACCUCUUCCCUGUUCACUGCAGACCAGAUGUGGUAAAGAGUUUUCUGGACCGGACGAUACGUUCAACAGUGGAGCAGCACCUUUUUGAUGUUAACCCUUUAGAGGAAGAAAGUUCAGGGGACAGUGAGUUGACUUCAUCUCCUAGGGUGACGCCAACUGCGCGACAGAGACGUCGACAUCAGAGAGAGCAGCAGCUGCAGGAGGAGGGCUUAAGACACAGAGAAAGAAACAGAGCAGCAUCCGUCAGAGCAAACACCAACAAGGAGAACAUCCCAUCGAGCAGUGGAAGCAGCUCUGGCGCCGCGGGGGAGGACACAAGCAGCAGCGCGGACUCGCAGGGAGGCCAGGGUGGUCACGCUGAGCGAACCCUGAAACCCAGAAAGUCGAAACAUAUCCCAUCGCUGGUGCAACUCACUGACGCCCACGCGUUAAACGAGGGUGUCGGUGUGUCGGGGCCAUAUGAGAGACCUGAAACAAACCACAUGGAGACAUUUAAGAAAGGAGUGUGUUCACUGGCUGGCUGUCGUUCAUUGAGCGCUCUUUUCCUUUCUCUCAUGGUUGUGCAGACGCUAAGAAUGAAGAUCCAGGAGUCGCCCGUCACUUGUGACACGGGGAGGGUCGGCGGAGAGGUGCGAGGCUCCGACCCAGACUGCGAGAAGACGAGCUGUGAGGACGUCCCCCGUCUGGACCUGACAGCGCUGACUGAGGACAGCAACUGGGGAGAUUCUUCAUUGUUUAACUCCCCUUUCCUUGAUUUCAAAAGCAUUUUCCAUCAGAGUGUUUGUGAUGAACCAGUACCGUACUCGCCUCUGCAGAGGGAGAGUAUGGACCGUGAGGAGGCUCGACUGUCCCCCCACGCCGGAGGACGCCUGAUUCGCCAGCUGCUGGAGGAGGACAGCGACCCAAUGGUGUCCCCUCGUUUUUACGCCUAUGGACAGUGCCAGCAGUACCUGGACGACACUGAAGUGCCUCCCUCACCACCAAACGCACACUCGUUUGUCAGUCGCAGGAGGAGUUCAUCUCUCGGCUCCUGUGACGACGAUAAAGAGGAGCUGACGUCCGCCCAACUCACAAAGAGGAUUCAUGUGUUGAAGAAAAAGAUCCACAAGUUUGAGGAGAGGUUUGAAGACGAGCGAAAAUACAGACCAUCUCACGGCGACAAAGUUGCAAACCCAGAAGUGCUGAGAUGGGUGAAUGAACUGGCCAAGCUUCGCAAAGACCUAAAAGAACACAAGCUCCUGCAAUCCGAGGAAGACCUGCCGCCUCUGACCCGCCAGCGCAGCAACACACUGCCCAAAAGCUUCGGCUCUCAGCUGGAGAAGAAACCACAGCAGGAGAAGGUGCAGAAGCCACCGGUGGAGAGCACGCUGGAAACGAUCAUGAAGAAGCUGGAGGAGAAGAGGGAGGAGGUGAACCGUCCCGAGGACAUCAAGGAUAUGACCCGGGAGCAGAUCGGAGCAGAGAAGGUCGCCCUGCAGAAAGCUCUCCUCUACUACGAGAGCAUACACGGCCGACCGGUGACCAAAAGCGAGAGGCAGAUCAUGAAACCUCUGUACGACAGAUACCGACUGGUCAAGCAGAUCCUGUGCAGAGCCUCCACCAUCCCCGUCAUUGGUUCCCCCUCCAGCAAGCGCAGAGGUCCCCUCCUUCAGCCCAUUAUCGAGGGCGAAACCGCACUCUUCUUCGAUGAUAUCAAGGAGGAAGAAGACGGCUCGGAGGACGAGGGAGACACAAAGACCCAGUUCACCGUGACGGUGCGGCCCGACCUCAGUGUGCUCAGCUUCCUGGACCACAUAGACGAGGAAUCGGAUGGUUUCAUUUCACCAGUGGACGAAUUUUCACCCUCAAAGAACACCACCGACAUGAGGCUGUCCAACCUGCACUCCGCCACCACGCAAGAACUUGUGGAGCAACUCCAAGAGACCAGAGAGGAGAAGAAGAGAAUCCGUAAGAGCCUGAAAGAGUUCGAGGACCAGUUUUUGAGACAAAAUGGAAGAAACGUGCAGAAGGAGGACCGCUCCCCAUUGGCAGUGGAGUACAACGAAUACAAGCAUGUUAAAGCCAAGCUGCGGCUGCUGGAAGUCCUCAUCAGCAAAAGAGACUCAUCCAAGUUCAUCUGAGAGAGAGAAAUAAAAAUAAAAAUACCUAAAAGACUCUAAAGAAGAACAGCUGCUCGGUCUCUAGAGAAACCAAAUCUGUCACACGUCUCUCCCCGACAGGUGUUUUUGUUUUUGUUUUUGUUUUCUUUCUUUCUUGUUGCCGCUCACGUUUUUUGGCUCGAGCAUAGGCGCCCUGCCUGUUAAGUUCGUCCCCAUCGAGCACAGCGGGAAGGUUUCCCUCUCUGGAGCCGCUGACCCACGGCUGAUUCAAAACGACACAAACUCACCUCUCCUUUCCUGAGAAGUUAGUUUCCAGCAGACUUUCAUAACGAGGACGUUUCUCUGAGACUGAGAGACAACGCACACGAAUAACCCCAAUACUGUUUCAGCUAAGAAUCGCACCUGUAUCACUAAUAAUUUAUUUCUAUCCUUUUAAAUGUUUGUAUCAGAGCAGCAAGUUUUUUUUUUCUAGAAGUCUUAAAAAAAAUAACCUUGUACAUUAAAAAAAAAAAAUAGAUAUAAGAUUAACGCUAUUUUUUAAAAGAAGGAUUUUUUGUGAUCAAGAUUUCUGUGUAUUUUUGUAAGGGAGAUAUUUGUAAUAAGUUCAAUCGGCUCGACAGUAUUCUCUGUUACAGUUUUGACCGCCACAAGAUCCUGAGUUACUUCUCUAGAAGUUGAAUGGAGUAUUUGCUCACUAAAAAGAAGCGCUUUUCACAUUUUAAUACAACCCAAAGACGGCAAACUGCACACCGAAAUGACACAGAUGCUCAUCAUAUUUGUGAUCACUGGUACUUAAACAUUUGACUGUAUAUUUGACGCAUUUGAUGUAUCCCCCCCCCCCCCCCCCCCCCCCCCUUGUUCACUUCAUGUCAAAUAAGCUAUUUUAUCGUCUUGAAAUCACUGGUAUGGGUUUUGUUUUUGUUUUUUUUAGCUCACGCUUACAAACGUCUAUGAGGCCAUUUGUGAGACGACGCUCCACUUUAGUUUUUUUCUUUUCCUUCAUCUCCAGAGCUCGUCCGCUCUUCUUGUAAAUAUGGAUGUACGUUUACAUUUCUGUGAGCAAAAGUACAUUUCUCCUUUCUUUCUCCAAAAUGGAUGAUUUAUCAGUGUGAAUUUCGUUUUUACUGAAUGUAAACACUGGCGAGGCUUAAUGAAUUCUGAGUGUGUACAUUUUAGUACAUAAAUCGUAUUUGUAUUUUGUAUAUAUUAUGAAUGAAAUCAUAUUUUUACUGAU